AUGGGUAUUCUCAGUCAAGGCUUCAAGUGCAUGUGCACAACUCUGUUCUUUCUCUUCCUCCUCUCAUACACUGUUUCUUCACAUUCCUCCAACCAAGAAAUCCAACCUUCUUCAACAACCCCUUCCCACUACCACCAAUUGUUCUACCUCAAGAACACCAACCCCAUGUUUUCGAGUAGAUCACAAGAGCGCUUCAAGAAGAGGAGAAUAAAGAGAAACAAGAACAUGAAGCACAAGAAGAAGAAGGUCAAGAACCUUGAGUUACGACCUUUCUCUGUUAUGCUCCCAAAGGGUUUUGUCCCUCCUUCAGGUUCCUCACCUUGCCACAAUGAUCAACCCAACUCUGUGUCCUUCGAAUGCCAUCUCACUUCUGCAGAACCUUGA